AGUAGGUAGUUUUACAAGUAUGUGUUUUAUGUAGCCCACAGAGAUACAUGUAGGCUACAUUUUCCUGCAGUCAUAAGUACUGUAUCUUUUAAAAUGAUAAUUUCUACCUGGUUCUGGGCACCGAUCACAUGAUGGAAAUGAAAACAACUGGGAACCUCGGCGAUGUUCAGCCGGCUGUGUACCGCGCAGCAUUUAAGAUACGCUCGCUGCAGAAACUUUGUCAAACGCACGCGGUCAGGAUGCGAUCCCUUCGUCCGGCUAUGCAGUCUCUGGGUCGGGCUGUGGCUCCAGGGGAUAUUGUAACCAAGGGGGACGUGGAAAGCUGUCUUCAGAGGCUCUUCGACUGCGUGGAUCAGGAGCUGCCAGGCCAAGCAAGACCAGGAGCCGCGGAGCACACCGUUAGACUGUUGUUCAAGCUGUUUGAUAGCAGGGAGCAGACCGGGACAGUCUUCCUGCACGCUGUGGAGGCGGUGAUGAUAGCCCUCUCAGGGGACGUACUGUCAGCCAAGCAUGCAGCCCUGUUCGAGCUGGCGGUGCGAUGCAGCGAGGUGCCUGGGCAGCGCAGAGGAGUGAUGACCCAGAGUGGCCUGGGGGUGGUGCUGUACGACCUUAGCCAGGUCCCAGGAGCCGUGCAGGAGAGCCGUGUGUUUGGCCACGUGGAGAGUGCGGUGACAUCCUGCUUCCACAGGGUGUUCAGUGCCGGGGCAUCGGAGACACAGUUCAGCCUCUGGCUGCGGUCAGAGCCCCGCCUCCUACUGUGGCUGUCGGCGCUGGACAGGAUCUCCUUUGGCGAGGCCAUUACCCACCCGGUGCGCUGCCAUGUGUGCAAAGCAUCACCCGUUGUGGGCCUCAGGUACCGCUGUCUCCAGUGCCUGAACCUCCAUCUCUGCCAGACAUGCUUUGUGUCUCAGAGAGGCACCAGCAAGCACAGACCCUUCCAUGCGGUGCAGGUGCACAGCACUCAGCCGACCCUGAAGGAGGCGCUGUUCUCACUGGUGCACCGCGUACAACACAAGCUAAAGAGGAGGCGUCCGGCCAGGAUGGAGGUGGAAAGCAGCACCCUUACUGGGGCCCAGUUAAGAGCUCAUGCAUCGACUCUACAGGCGGGAGGUGCUGGUGAAGAGCAAAGGUCAGAAUCCGAAUCAAGAGAUUCGCAUCCCACCAUGGAGUCGAAGGCCAUGCAGACAGACCCAGUCCCAGUUCUGCCGUCCCAGGGAAAGGCAUCACUUGUCAGGCAAGACCUGAACCACAUGCGGGGACUCCUUCAGGACCCACAGAGGGAGCAGCGACGAGCUCGCUCGUUCGUCUGCAGCCUCAGCAGCUGGCGGGUUGAGCCGGGCUCAGCGUUACAUAUGCAGCUUAUCAGGCAGCUAGAGAAGCAGCUUAAGGUCGGGAGAGCCUGCAUCCAGGUGGAGAACAGCUGGCUGAAGGAGAAGUGCAGCCAACUUGAGGCCACCACGGAGAUCCUAGCCCAGCACAACCUGAACCUGCAAGAGGAACUGCACCAAGUUCGGCAAGUGCUGGACACUCUGACCAGAGAUGAGAAGAAAUGUGUCAGAGAAAACAAGCACUGGAAGCCAGAGGAGAAAACAGACCAAACUAGCCCACGGGAGGAGGGUGGUAGAUCCACCCCUGAAGGCUCUCAGCAGCCCCCUGAAAUGACUCUUGCUCACGGGCCCGGGAAAGGGCCAGGAUGCACCACCUACAUGGAGAGGCUGCAGCUGGAAGCUCAGCAAGGCCACGAGCUCCAGCAGGAAACAGGAGACAGGGGAGGAAGCACAAACCGGUCCCUCGGUUCUGUGGAACUGGAGGAGCAGUUGUUUGACGUGGUACAGCACCUAAAGCAAACACUUUCUCAGGACCCAGAAACAGCACCAGCCUCUGACUCCGGAGGGGACCUGCUGCAGGCAGCUGAGAUGGUCGGGAACUCCAUCUCCAGGCUCGUGAACACGAUCAGCCCGACGGCUCCCGUCCACUGGCCAAUCACUGGAACAUCAGCCCUUCAUUUCAGACCAGAUCUCUGAGAUUCACUGCUCCAUACACA